UAUUACGGCAUAAAAUGUACUCCUUAGAUUAUUUCUGAGUUUCCCAGAGGCGAGAUUAAUUUUAAUCUAAUCUUUAUUCUCCUGCGCCGACGAGUGCUUCUGAUUUCUGAACUGUCUCAUCUCCGAUAAUCAUCCACUGCCCACCUUACUCUGUUCGAUUAUUUUGCUUUAUCUUUAUACCUGCAGAAGUAUAUAAGUCAGGGGCGUUUAGGAGUUUUGGAAUGUCACAUAGCAGUAGUGAAAGCAGUCGAGGUGUGGCGAUUGGUUCUGAAUUCCAUUUGUCGGACGAGGUGUUAUCGGUUAUCCCGACUGAUCCGUAUGAGCAGUUGGAUCUGGCUCGGAAAAUCACUUCAAUGGCGAUUGCGUCCCGCGUGACGAAGCUGGAGUCAGAAGUGGGGCGGCUUCGAGGAAUGCUUCAUGACAAGGACCGUGCUAUUGUUGAGCUCGAGGAUAAGGUCUCCCACCUCGAGCAAAGCUACCAGGAAUCCGAAUUACGAUUGAAAAUCACCCGUGAAGAUAAUAUGAAGCUUUUGAAGGAGAGGGAUACACUGGCUUUGACAGCAAAGAAGCUUGGUCGUGAUUUAGAAAAGCUGGAGUUGUUCAAGAGGCAAUUGAUGCAAUCUCUGAGUGAAGACAAUUCAACUCAAUCAGAAGCAGUUGAUAUUGGCACUUAUGAUCAAUUAGCUGCAAAGUCACUUUCUCCUAAAGAUGCUGCUAAUGGCUACAUCUCACAAUAUGCCUUUAAUGGGGCUAAAGAGAGUGCAGGUGUCAAUGAUGAUGCAUCAAAACAAUCUAUUCAAAGAUUUUCCGUGACGCCUUACAUAACUCCCCGGCUUACCCCAACUGGAACGCCAAAGGUAGCAUCAGCUAGUGUAUCUCCCAGGCGAUAUUCUGCUGCUGAGUCUCCUCACAUAGCAUCUGGCGCAACAUCGCCCACAAAUUCUCAUUACGAGGGUCGGGGUUCAAUGUCGUCUUUUUUUCCAUCAAGUCAACAAUCUUCAGCUGCAAACUCACCACCAAGAUCACGCCCUACGUCAGGUCAAACUCCUCGAAUAGAUGGGAAGGAGUUCUUUCGUCAAGCCAGGAGUCGUCUAUCGUACGAGCAGUUCAGUGCAUUUUUGGCUAACAUAAAGGAGUUAAAUGCACAUAAGCAAUCUCGUGAGGAAACUUUGAGGAAAGCGGAAGAUAUAUUUGGCAAGGAUAACAAGGAUCUUUAUACAUUGUUCCAAGGUUUGCUUAACCGCAAUGCACGAUAGAAUUGUACCUGUAGCUUAUAUUCAUGUGUUUAUCCCUACCUUCAUGGUGGUUGCUUAGGUUUUCAUGUUCUGUUUUUCUUGGUAGACAUUCUAUCCGUGCUUAUCUCUCAUUGAAAGAUUUGUAACACAAAACUUGUUCAGUUGAUAUGAGAUUCAUCAGUAAUAAUGUUUCAUGAGUUAGGCUCUGUUUGGUUUCAUGAUUCGGCAUGUUCUUCUCUGCAAAAUAAUCAGAAACCUCAGUUAUUU